ACGAGCCGAGGCUUGGGCCGUUCCGUUCACGGGGCUGACCCCUUGAGUUCCGCACGUGACGCGCCCUGUCAUGUUAGUAAUUUCGCUCUCCAUUAUCUCAACCAACCAUGAACACCCUGAUGUCGUCCUACAACGAGAAGCCCCCGGUCCAGGCCAGCGCAGACUACUGGAUGAACUCACCCUCCCACAACAUGACCAUCAAUCCCGACAUCAAGCCGCCGUUCCUGGAACUCGACGAAGCCGAAUGCCAGAAGCAGUUCUUUGCCCAGAGCCCCCAGUUCCAGUUCAACCAGUCCCCAUACAUGCUCGACAAUACCCAACCCGCAUACUUACCUCCACAGAACACCCAGCCGGGGUUCGACAUCUUGGGCGGCCAAAACUUCCCAGAGGGCUCCAUCAGCGACCACUCGUCUCCGUCCAACAACUUGUUGUUCCACCACUCUCCUGAAAGCUCGACAUCCAUAGGCGUGGAAGCAGAGGUAGUCAAGAAGGCACCCAAGACCAAGGCUGCCACCAAGACCAAGAAGCAGCUCUUGGACGAACAGGACGCUAUCUUGAUUGCCAAAGACGAUUCGGAACUUAACUACGACGAGCUCCAGCUAAAGCGCAAGGCCCAGAACAGAGCCGCCCAGAGAGCCUUUCGCGAAAGGAAGGAGUCCAAGAUGAAGGAGUUGGAGGCCAAGCUCAUGGAGAGCGACAAGGAGCGCCAAAAGCUCAUGGAAAAGCUAGAGAUCAUCACCAAGCAAAAUAUGUACAUCCUGACCGAAAACGAGUUGUUGCGGUCCAAGGGCCCUGCCGAGGAGCCGAUGGAAGACUACAAGUUCACCUUUCCCCACAGUCAGAACGAAUUCAUCCACGAGUUGGCAGGUAAGCAUAAGUUCGAGCCUCAGCACAUACGGAAGGUGUAUGACUCUCCCGAGCACCCAGGGAACAAGAUUCUUGCGCUCGGGGCGGUUUGGGACUACCUCCAGGUGAAGGCUGACGAAUAUAGCAUCGAUUACGACGGCAUUGACAUUCCUUUGAUAAUGAGCAAGCUCAAGGGUAACGAGCGUUGUCACGGGUUUGGUCCAGCCUACCCAUUGGAGUUGGUGGACAGGGUGAUUGCAGAAUGCUGCAAUUUGCCCUCGGCUUACACUUAAGUGCAGAAGUUGACAAGUUUGGUAAAGUAUGGUUUUUUCGUAAUAGAGAGCUUGAUAGCCCGGGUUCUGGCUAUCUUCCGGGAAUUCCAGACGAGAUGGCACUAUGUACAAUAAUUCAAUUCACAUCGUAAGCACAAUGGGGCCAAUUUGAGAUACAAUACCAUGAGCUAAAGAUAAAACCAAACUACCAGUAAUAUGUAGUGAUGUAUAAAUCAAUAAGCUGAUAACUUGACUGGGGAUUAUGUCAUGUAGAUAAGCAGGAUAUGAAUAAAAAGAUUCCAAAUGACAGUCUUACUGAUUCUGCCUCGUUAGCAAUUUAAUCUGGAGAUAUUCUGUAGUGUUUGACUAGGCCCUCACCUCAAAAUCUACAAACUUGCGGGUGUCAGACUUUUGACUCUAAUCCCAUUUCUU